GUUUGUUGAUUUCUAACAGGGCUUAAGGUGCAGAACUAAUUUGACUGCCAUAGCGGCAAGCAAAGAGUAAAAGCAGUGUGUUCUUGUAAUCCCUAAACCUUUACACCUGGCUUUGCCGGAACAAUACACAUUGGCUUACGAUCUGUGGAGGUAACAUAUCUUUCCUUCGCCUGCAACUUUGGAUUUUGGAACUUCCUGGGAAUCGUGCAGGUCUUCUACGAUCUUCACGGCUUGGUAAAACAAUCUGAAAUCCAUGUUGGAUCUACUCCGGAAACCUGGAUUUAUCCGGAAAUCAUCCUUCACAUCAGAACUUGGAAGCUAUUCAAGGAUUUCAACCCUUUAGGGACUUUGGUAACAAUUUAUUCAUAUUCCUACUCUUGCUUUGGAACAUCAAAAAUACUGUGAUAUCUUUUUUAUACAUAGUUUUUGGAAUACUGGGUUAAUUUUUACGAUCUUUUGGGAAGCUUUGCAUCCCCAGGAAACACGCUGGAAACUAUCUGGAAACUAGAACCAUUCUGCAAUCUUAGUAAGUCCAAAAUCCGUCAACAACUGUUUCUGAAAUACUCUACCCAAACACGACUUGACAUUUUGUAGAACUGCAAGGUUCAUUUAUUCAAUAUUUUCUGGAAUACUGGGUUUAUUUUUAUGAUCUUUUUGGAAGCUUAGCAUCCCUGGAAACACGCUGAAAUUCACUCUUGGACAUAACCCGGAAACUGGAACCAUUCGGCAAUCUUAGUCCGAGUAUCUCCCAAAAACAUCUUUAACUGUUUCUAAAAAACCGGACCCAAACACAAUUUGACAUUUUGUAGAACUGCACACUGAUCCUGGACAUUUGUGCACCAAUUCUCCCUAAGUAAGUGUCCCAAUCAUUUAUUUUAAACGUCCCAAAAUGGCAGCAAAUCAGUCAGGCUCUUGUACGAACCCAGACCUGUCAAAUGGCGCCAUUGUCCACAGUGAGAUAGAUAUUUGUUCGGACCUGGAUACCCUGAGAGGAAGAGAGGAUGAGGAGGGAGAAGAGGUAGACGAGGAGGUGGAACUAGCCGAUGAAGUUGGUGAGGAUGUUUUGAUGAUGCCAGAAGCCGAAGGAAAAAGCAGAGAGCAGAGAGAAAGGGAGGAGGCGAGGAUUAUGCAAAUGGCGGUGUUAACGACUGAAGGGUUAGGGUUAGGCAAAGGCGACGGGGAGCAAGAGUCAAAAGACAGAAAGGGUCUCUUUUCGGCGUCGAUAAACAUUGAGAAAGAUCGAGAAAAGGCGUUAUGGAGCAGCAAAAAAAAGAAAAAACAUUUGGAAGAUAAAGUCAAUAAAGAAGAAGCACUGAUAAUAACUUUUGUAACAGAAGCAAGAGAGGAUGGACACAACGGGUCAGAAGAAAACCAGGACUCAGCUACGUUUCCAGAAGAAUUCGGAGAGGAUAUACAGUUGUCUGCUACAAUUAAAGAUGUGACCAUGGGGAUUAAAGAACAAGUCAACAAUCAAACAUCAACUGUUGGUGCCAAUAUCGUACCCUUAAAAACAAUUGUGUUAGAAGAAAACAAGGCGCAUGCAACGCAUGUUCAGGACUCUGGUUUGGUUGUAGAAGAAUUUGGAGAGGGUACCCAUUUGUCCGCGGACGACACAGAAGUUGUUACUGAACUAACGAAUCGCAAGGUAACAAACAAGAUUGUCACAUGGCAACAGGAGGACUGCGUAGAGGCAAAAGUUGAGGAUAAGGAAAGCAAAGAGUUUGCCAAAGACGCAAUGUCGACUUUGGAUAAUGUCCUAGACAUCGGGGAUGAAGUUAAAGAGAAGUUAGGGACAAAAUACUUUGUGUCCUCUGAAGAACAGUCACAGACAGGAGGAGGGAUUGAGGAAGUAGGGAUCAACAAGCGGGAGCGAGAGGAAAAGCAAGAGCGACAGGUUGGGGUUAAUACUCUCGCAGGGACGGAUGGGGGAGGACAGAGAACGGAAGAGGAUAGAAAGACAGGUGAUAACGUUGUUAGAGAGUUAAUGGGAGAGGAGGAAGAGCACAAAGGUGAUCUAAAAAUGCAAGAAGAGACGAUUGUUCAAGUUGAAAACCAGUGUGCAGAUGAGGUACAUUUAGACACACAGCAAGAUGUGUAUUUGGACCAAGUUGAAGAGGCAUUUGAGCUGGAGGAAGAGGGUAAAUUAGAAUUUGAAAAGUCAGGAAGUGAAGUCACUGCAGAGGAAAAUGAGUCUACAACUGAGGAGGAAGGUGAUCUGCUAGAACAUCCUUCACAGACUCGAAAAGACACCGUGAACGAUUGGGGGGGAAGUUUGAAAGAACAGGCCCUUGUAGAAUACGAAAAGGGAGGAGGAGAAGAAAAUAGAGAUGUAGAGAUGGCAGAAGAGCCUGUGACUGUUUUAGAUGAUGACUUUGAAGAGAUAGAGGACGGUCCGAGGACAGAGCUUGAUGAACAAGAUCCUGCAGUUGUUACAGCGCCUUCUAAAGACGCCAAAGUCGAGACAAAGGAUCAAGAGUUUCAAGAACUGCGAGAAGACAACAAAGUUGAGACAAAAGAUCGAGAUUGGCAAGAACUUGGAAAGGAGAAGGAUGGGAAACAGAAACAUGUAGAGAAGGAUAAGAAACAGAAAGAUGUCAAAAAAGAGAUAGAGUUGGAGAUAAAUGGAAGAGUUAAAGGAUUGAAGCAAGCGAUGGAGAACGGGAUCUUGUGUCCUGAUCUGCAGCCACUCCGAACAGAAGAAUCGCCAACAGCGAGACUUCUGUCGCUCCGGAGAAAAAAAGAUAAUGACUGGAUUAAAAAGGGGACACCUGAGGAAGAGAGAUCACCAGAAAUGAAAUCCUGGAGGAAAGAACUGAAGCCUGUGAUGAAAAAAGAAGUCCAAGGGGAAUCUGAGAGGGUGAGAAAUGAACGGUUGAACAAGGAAACAUCCGCAGAAGAGAAAAGUCUUUCUCCGCAGAAGGACGCCUGGAUAAAGGAGCUGAAGUCAGUGAUCAAACAGGAAUCCCUGCCGAAGCCGGUGAAGAAGAAGCGAGUGGUGCUGUUGGAGGAUGGACAUGCAUACAUUCCCCAGCGGGAGGAUAUGAUGGAGGAGAAGAAAGACGAGUUGAAACUGAUGUCUCAAAGGAAGGCGGAGAGUCCUUUGCCGCCUGGGCGCAGGAACAGUAAAACACCCCAAGACCAGGACUAUGAGAUCUCACUCUACGUCAAGGCAGGAAGUGACGGCGAGAGCAUCGGUAACUGUCCCUUCUCUCAGAGACUCUUUAUGAUCCUCUGGCUCAAAGGAGUUAUCUUCAACGUCACCACUGUCGACCUCAAACGGAAGCCGGCAGACCUGCAGGACCUCGCUCCAGGAACCAACCCUCCAUUUGUGACGUUUAACGGCGAAGUUAAAGUCGACGUCAACAAGAUUGAGGAGUUCCUGGAGGAAAAGCUGACCCCGCCACGCUACCCAAGACUGGCUGCUAAACACGCUGAAGCUAACACAGCGGGCAUUGACGUGUUCGCCAAGUUCAGUGCUUACAUCAAAAACUCCAGGAAAGACACCAAUGAGGCCUUAGAGAAAGCAUUGCUGAAGUCUCUCCAGCGUCUUGAUGACUUCCUGCGGACGCCGCUGUCUGAGGAGAUUGAUGCCGACGCCGCAGGAGAUCUUCCUGACUCGUCCAGGAGUUUUCUGGAUGGCUCCGAGUUAACGCUGGCUGACUGUAACCUGCUGCCGAAAUUGCACAUCCUUAAGGUCGUAGCCAAGAAGUACCGCGGCUUUGAGAUCCCGGCGGAGAUGACGGGGCUGUGGCGGUAUUUAAACUGCGCCUAUCAGAGGGAGGAGUUCACCAGCACCUGCCCCGCCGAGAGGGAGAUCCAGGUCGCCUAUCUGGAUGUUGCAAAAAAAAUCAAAUGAGACAUGACGGAGACAAAGCAGAUAGGAGAAAGUGUGAAGAGAUAAAUCAUGCGUUAGUUUGGGUGGUACAACAAGUAGACAAAUAGAAGAUGUAAGGAAAUCCUGAUAAAUUUACAUGAACAUGCAGGAGGCUAAAUGGAGAACAACCCGUAGAUUCCACCAGGCGCCUCUGUGCUGCGUUGACAUUUGGUUUCAUACUUUCUCUAAUAAAACAUCUAAAACAAAUCAAAAAUCCCAUCAGAUGGUGAACCCCUGUACAAAAUCUUAUCUUAUACGUCUAAUUUGUGUCAGUUUAGGCCAUGGCGUUUUCCAAAUAAACUCCCUGUGCACACUCCCGAUCAUAUGUCACAUCACAUUAAUAUUUUAACAUCUAAAACACAGACGCAAAUCUUUGAUCGGUGUCGUAUUACGCACGCCGGAUGAAGGAACAAUAUCUUGGCGAAGCCUGGUGGAAUUUCGGACUGAGAACUCCGGGUUAUAGACUAUAGGCCGAUCCAUACUAUAACAUCUAUUUACUCCUUCUAUUCAGUGUUUUUAACUGUAUGUGUGUGUGUGUGUGUGUGUGUGUGUGUGUGUGUGUGUGUGUGUGUGUGUGUGUGCUCACAGGUUGGGUUGCACAGUCAUCUACUGAAACUUUAUGCUUAUCAUUUUACAAAUAAUGAAACCAGUAAUUAUUCUCAAUUUUCAGACGAUGGCAGGGCCAAGACUCAAUAAGUAGUACAAAGAAAGAGCUUUAGUCUUCAGUGUUGCUGCAUUAAAAAACAUGUUUAGCUUAAUAUUAUGAUGUCUAACCUUUAGAGAUUAGUUAACAACUUGUCCUUUAAUUUGAAUCAAAACCUUUACAAUAUAAAUGUAAUGUAAUUGCAAGAAAGCAAAUAAGAAUAUCAUUUAAAAUGACUUAAACUAUUCCUACAUUUUGAUUUCUUGUGAAUGCACAUUUGAUUUAUUUGUAAUAUGUUUGGAUUUUAUCGCCAUCAGAAUCUGAAAACAGUGCAUUCUGGGAGCCAGCGGGGCUGACGGACCUGUAAGGGUUGGGGGGGGACCCAUGUUUCCAACCCGUUUUCAUUUCCAAUACUGAGAUACAAAACGUUUAAAUGGAGGUCAAAACUACGAAAAUAUAUGACCCAAGGUGUAAUAAACUGGAAUUAUCCUUUAAAUGUAGGCAUUAAAAUGAGAGACACACUGCAGGUGGCCACUGGCAGACUCAAUCCUACUCUUUAACUAAAAGGUCUAUCUCUGUAGGGAUCCUUUCCAUAAUGUUGUCAGACACUUAGAAUAAUAAUCACAUUACAGCUUUAAGUUUAAUACUGGACCAGUCUCAGAGAUUGCUGUUCCAUUAGACACUCAGGCACAAACAUGGAGACAUAGGGUCCAGGUUGAAAAAUCAACGUUACCCUUUAAUGUUGGCAUUAAAAAGUGAGAGAAACACUGCAGGUGGAUAUGACCAGAGAUUUAUUUGGCUUAACGUAAUGUCUACUGACAAAUUCAGUGAUUGGAGAAUCUUACUUGAAGAAAUCCAUUCCCUUCUGCUGCUCCAGAAGGUCUAGUCAACCGUCCCACUGAAAGUGUAAUCACACUUAAAAUACCAUAUUGACUCGAAUGUAAGACGACCCUGAUUAUAAGACAACCCUCUCUCCUUUUCUAGGCUCAUUUUUGGAAAAAGACGUUUUGAAGACUAAAUCUUGUUUUUAUAAAGAAAUUAAUUUUAUAGGAAAAUAAUGAUCUUAAGGUUGUUCAAGAUCUUUUUAUUGAAAAUACUGUGUCUGACCCAGACAGAAUAUAGUUAUUUGCGUACCGAGCCAAACGCUUGACAGCCUAACACUAUCUCAGAGCUUCAUAUUACGUUUACUGCGUCAGGCUCGGGUUUGGACAUAAAAAACAGAAUCAGGCUUGGUUUCAACUCUCUCUUCAGACAAAAAAAAGGCGGCCCUCGCUGCUGGCUGGCUCAACAAUUGGCGCCAUCUGCUGUUGUGAAUGUAUAUGGACAUUUAAGAGUCUAGAUGAAUGAAAGAUUACCCCAUUUUUUAGCCAUAUUUCUAGAGAAAAGGGUCCUGUAUUCAGGCCAAUAACUUGCUGAAUAUCUAUGUCUUAAUGUUAAUGACCAAUCAAAUCAAGAUGUUUAAAUACAAGGCCAAUCUAAAAGCAUUUUUCUACUUUGUAUCAACAGUUAAUUGUACUGAAUGUGUAUCUGUCUGUAUGCUGAUGACAUUAGACUAUUUACUCAUAUUGUGAUUAUUUCUGCUUUUGUAUCUUAUGAGACUGACUGAGUGUCUGCUGGUUCAACUAGUGAUGACACUCAAAGAUGCCAUUAUAAUACUGUCAAACUCCCUGGUACUAUACUAUCACAUAUCCAAAGUAAUGUAUCCUUGCUCCUGUUGUCAGCAUCAACAGUGCAACCAGUUCCAUUCAUGCAACGCAUUCUCAUAUCGCAUUAGGAUAUCAUACGAAAACUUAUGCACAAUAAUUCGUAUAAUAUGGUACGAUAUAACAGCGCCUGCUGGUCGGUCUUUACAGUUAAGUUUAACAGAGAAAAAGUAAGCUCAGAAAAAGUGAGCUCAGAAAAAGUGAGCUCAGAAAAAGUGAGCGUCAUGCAGUGAUGACAGUUAAAUUUAGACACCAAAACAACUAGUUAUGGCUAGUUAAAAAAGAUAGCAGUUUGGGUUGAAACAGAAGUCCCCUUAAGCAGUGCUUUACUUUUCGUUUAAAGCUAAAUGUACGAAUGCUUCAUGAGAACAGCCUGAUUCAUGUCAUACAAGAAUCUCAUUCAUCAGUUAAAAAUGUGUCUCCUGUCAUGGCAAUUUACUAUUUUUUUUAAAUUAAAGAUGAUUUGAGUGUUAGAUAACAAAAUAUUUGUUUCAUUUUCAGCCAUUUGGGGUAUUAUUAUCAAAGCAGAAUUCAGGAAAAAAACAAUCUUGACAGGAUACAAAUGUUUUUCAAAUUGUUUCUUUACAGAUUUUUUCCAGCUCCCUUGAAUGCAGCUUUAAGUGAUUAAUAUCCUGUGUGUGAUUGUUGGACAGUGGUGUUUGGUGUUCAGUGUUUGGCAGAGAUGUGUAAGUUCUGGCCUUAUAUCCUCUCUGGGGAUUCAUCUUUAUUAAACUGAUUUAUCUUUGU